AUGACCCACCAAACUCAUGCUUAUCACAUAGUUAAUCCAAGCCCAUGACCAUUAACAGGUGCCUUUUCAGCCCUUCUACUAACAUCAGGCUUAGUAAUAUGAUUUCACUUUAACUCAAUUACACUACUUACUCUCGGCCUUUUAACUAAUAUCCUCACGAUGUAUCAAUGAUGACGAGACGUAAUCCGUGAGGGAACCUAUCAAGGCCAUCACACUCCCAUUGUACAAAAAGGCCUGCGAUAUGGAAUAAUCUUAUUUAUUGUUUCUGAAGUAUUUUUCUUUGCCGGAUUUUUCUGAGCAUUUUACCACUCUAGCCUUGUCCCAACACAUGACCUCGGAGGAUGCUGACCACCAACAGGAAUUUUCCCACUCAAUCCACUAGAAGUCCCGCUACUCAAUACAUCAGUUCUAUUAGCAUCAGGUGUGUCAAUUACAUGAGCCCAUCAUAGCCUAAUAGAAGGGAAACGAAAUCACAUAAAUCAAGCCUUACUAAUUACCAUUAUACUAGGGCUUUAUUUUACCGUACUACAAGCCUCUGAAUAUUUCGAAACAUCAUUUUCCAUUUCAGAUGGAAUUUACGGAUCCACAUUCUUUAUAGCCACAGGGUUCCACGGACUACACGUAAUUAUUGGAUCAACUUUCCUUAUUAUUUGCCUUCUCCGACAAUUAAAAUUUCACUUCACAUCAAAACAUCACUUCGGAUUUGAAGCCGCAGCAUGAUACUGACAUUUCGUAGAUGUAGUUUGACUAUUCCUAUAUGUUUCUAUUUAUUGAUGAGGCUCUU